AUGGAUGCUAGUUUGUUCAGGGCUGUGGUUUUGAUGAGCAUGCUUGUGCUUGCAAUAGCUCAAGCUGAUAUUAAUCCCUUCGAAAUGGCAACACUUUUGGUCAAAUUGAUGACGUCUCUAAUCCUUCCAAUACAAACCUUGUGGUUCCAAAUGGUCAUCUUAUUCCUUGUGGUUUAUGAUGUGCGAGGAAAUGCAUGUUGA